AUGGAAGCCAAGGGAGCAAGACAGUAUAGCUCUAUUAUAGUUCCAUCUGUUCAAGAGAUGGUAAAAGACAAGAUGAUCACGACGGUUCCUCUCAGGUAUGUUCGGUCUGAUUUAGACAAAGCUGAGAUCGCUGAUGACUCUGUUCUAAGAAACGAAAUCCCUAUUAUCGACAUGAAUCGUUUGUGUUCUUCAACCUCCAUGGAUUCUGAGAUUGAUAAGCUCGACUUUGCUUGCAAAGAAUGGGGAUUUUUCCAGGCAAGCCUCAAAACUCAAAUAGUCAAACUUCACUAUUUCAAAACUCAUUCUUUACAAAACAACCCCUCUUCUUUCUUUGUUAGACUAUUAAACCCCAAAAGAUUUCAAGUUUUAAUAUUGUGGCAUGUCUUUAUGAAUAUCAUCUAUCAGCUUGUAAACCAUGGAAUGGACUCGGGAUUCUUGGACAAAUUCAAGUCGGAGAUUCAAGAUUUGUUCAACCUUCCCAUGGAAGAGAAGAAGAAGCUUUGGCAACAGCCAGGAGAUCUGGAAGGGUUUGGACAAGCCUUUGUGGUUUCAGAAGAGCAGAAACUCGAUUGGGCAGACUUGUUCCUCCUUACCAUGCAACCUGUUGGAUUACGCAAGCCUCACGUGUUCCCCAAGAUACCUCUCCCCAUUAGAGAUACACUAGAGACGUAUUCAGAUGAAGUGAAAAGCAUAGCUAAGAUCUUAUUCGCGAAAAUGGCCAGCGCUCUAAAGAUCAAACCCGAGGAAAUGGAGAGCGUGUUUGAUGAUGAGUUAAGGCAGAGAUUGAGGGUUAAUGAAGUGGAAGGUCUCCAAAUCAAGAAAGAUGGCAAGUGGGUUUCUGUCAAACCUCUCCCAAAUGCUUUCAUUGUCAAUGUUGGAGACGUCUUAGAGAUCGUAACGAAUGGAACAUACCGAAGUAUAGAGCAUCGCGGGGUUGUGAACUCAGAGAAAGAGAGGCUUUCUGUGGCAUUAUUUCACAUUGCGGGAGUGGGUAAAGAAAUUGGUCCGCUGAAGUCUCGUGGAAAGGCAAAAGGCUGCGUUUUUCAGAAACGUGACCACCGAUGA